AAUCCCUAAUUUCCAAUUCCUAGCCUAAGCGCCUCAGUCACACCUGCCUCUCUCAAACUCUCACUUUCCAUUUUCUCCAGAAACUCAGAAUAGCUCUCUCUCUCUCUCUCACUCGACGCUCUCUCCAAGGAUAAUGCUCUCUCUCUUUCUCUCCGUGUGUGGGUUUGUGAAAGCUGAAAGCUUUAUGUUCUAAGAUUUGACCAUGGAGCUACUGGAAGAAAAGAGCAGCAAGACCCAGAAGACCAAUCUCUAGUUUUCCCAGUUUUUUGUCAUCGUGAAGUUUUUGUCGUCGUCCGAAAGGCUGGCCACGUCCUCGCUGACAGUAUUCUGUUGUCGUGAAGUUUUUUUCCGAAUGUGAUUUUCAAUAUCCGGCCCGCCCCGCCGGAUAUUGCCUAUUUUAGCCGGGUUGCAGGCCUAAAUUUCAAAACCCGCAUCAUGCGGGCCGGAUAGCCAAAACGCCCAAUACCCGACCCGAUCUUUCUUCUUUCUACAUUGUCAAUAUCUCUUAUUUCUACGCCCUUCUCGCGCAGCCCCUUCACUCUUUACCAAAAGGAGCAGAAGAACAGCGUUCCUCGACCCGGCCCAGGGGUUUUGUUCGAGUGUGAGAGCAUCAUUUCCAAGUUAUAUGGGAGGAUGGCAUUUAGAGGGCGAGGGCGAGGACGUGGAUAUGGAGGCAGUUUCGGUUAUUCUAAACAGGAGAAAUUUGAGCUUUUUCCCGAUAUCGAACUACCCAAGAUCCCAACUUUGACUAAGGAGCAAGAAACCUUAGUAAUCGAGCAAAGAAAGCUCGAAAACUUUUGGAAAACUUCACCCUAUUUUCUUGAGGAAUUUGCUUCCAAAGAGAGUAUAUUUUCUGACAGUUUCCACAAAAAGAAAAGUGAUGAUAUUGAGAGAUAUUCUGACCGCAAAAGGCCAAACAACAGAAUAGUCCGCGAUUCUCUUAGUCAAUAUUUAGUGGCCACUAGAUUUCCUCAAGAGCUCGUUGAAGAUUCGAAAGGGCAACGACCAAGUAGGAAGAAAGCUCGGUGGAAUUUGGACUCGGAGCUGAACAAGUUAGAUGUCUUAGAGAAGCUUGAACAAAUGGCUAAGGGCGGAGAGGAUGGAGAGGACAAGAAAGGAGAUGGGGAUGAAGAUGAAAAUGAAGAAGAAGAAGUCGUUGAAUCUAGUGAUACUGAUGGUGAAUACACGCAGAACAUAGAUUUCGAUGACGAUGAAGAUGAUUUUAUUGAUGCCGACAAUGAUGGUGGUGAUGACGAAGGUAUUUAUUAAUAAUUUGGCUCUCUCAAUGUGUAUCUUACAAACUUCGGGAUGAUUUUGGCCUUGUUUUGCUACAACAAUUUUUUUUAUUUGUUUUCCUCUAUUUUUCUAUCGAAAAAUCAAAACCAAAUUUAAGUU